CUCUAUAAAAAUGGACCCCGCUCAUUUCCCCACUUCUCCGCACUGCUCUCUGGCCGCAGUUGGUUGAUUUUCGUCUCCUGGAAACGGGGUCGUAGUGACACGUCUUUUCUUUUUCCUCCUCCGCCUUCACAACCGCCCGGUGUGUCCACUUCGCACAGAGGAGGAUGUUGAGAGGUGAUGGAGACGGCGGCGCACGAAGAAGUGACAUCGAGGCAAAGUGAACGAGUGUCGGUGCAUGAGGCCUUCAGGUCCCUCUAGGAGAACCCAUGGAGCCAUACAUAAUCCCGUUCCACUCCUCCUCCCCUCCUCCGCUAGAUGAUGAUGGCGAUGGGGAAGCCGGAUCGGAGGACGACGAGUUUGGAGACUUUGGGGGAUUCUGCUCCCCUCCUGGCAUUGCUGAUUCUACUAAGCCACCAUCCAGCCUCAGAAAGCCGCCUCCUACCACAAAGGCAGCCACCCAUCCACCCAGCUGCAACAUUAAUCACCCAGUGGAACUUCCCCAAACUGUACCCACUUUGAGCUUGGGUUCCGGCAGGGCCCAGGUGGACGUGGAAGAGCAGGGUAGUAAUGCUGAAUCAACUUUGCACCUCACAAAUGGAUAUGCGGAAGGAGACCACAACUCUGGGGCCCAUGGGGCUUCUGUGGCGGCUACUUGCUCUCCCACCGAGGAAACAGGAUUUGCUGAUUUCACUGUGUUCGCGGAGCAGGCAGCCCACCCCUGGUGCUGUGGCCUCACUCCCUUAGGCAGCGCAGAGGCGUGGGCCGGCGGGGUGGAAGGGACAAACUCGGCCAAAGAAAUCUUUGCUUCAGGUCGUGAGGCGGUGAUGGAGUCUGAGCCCAGAUCUCAAUGCGCCUAUAAGGCUAAAGCAAACGUUUGCACUAAAAUCAAGCACUGUGAGAAAAGAGAUGCGGCAGUCGAGCCACCGUCUCAGGACCAUCAGCCUCAGGAAGCCGCAGCAGCGUUGCGAUUUCCAUCGGACCAGCCUCAUUUUGGAGAGGAGGUCGGAGGCAAGCGUGGGGACAGUUGGAGGGAAAUGAGAUAUCGUUUGAAUUAUUUACAAACCGCCGAGUCGCAGGAGGACGAAGGGUCAGAGAAAGGCGGAGAAAAGACCGUCCCCCAAACAAUCUGUGUGUACGAGUCGGAGUGCUCGGAGGACUUGGCAUCCGUCUGCGACGAUUUUUCAUUCGAAGGUGUUUCCGCCGAGUGGGAGCCAAAUGUUUCAUCUCUGGCUUCUCUAGGGGAUCAGAGUGACUUGGACCGGACUGACGAUGAGGAUGAAGAACUGGGAAGCAACUGGCAUUCGCACGCUUUCGGCAACAGCAGCAAAGCGGCAAAUCUCAGCCAAACUGAGGCUGAGCAGGCUCCUCAUCGCUGCGACCAAUCUUUGACUCAGGAAACUACUGCUACCUCCAACCAGCAACACUCCAUAACGGACGCAGAGGACGAAUUUGCGGACUUCAAUGACGGUGGCUCUGAGCAUCGCAGGGACCGAGAUUGGGUCCAAACCGCUGACGUGAGGGUGCAGAGCCUCGGGAGCCUCCCGCCCAGUGACAGCUUUGCUGAUUUCUGCUCGGCACCCACGCAGGAGGAGGAUGGAGGAGAAGGGUCGUGGGCAGAGUUCCAGGAUCAGAGGGCUCCGGAGGAGGGAAGUCGGCAGCCAGACCGAGUCAGCAGCCUUCAGGCUGAUGGGAAUACCGAGGAGGAACAGAACAGGGUGGGACAAUGUGGAGAUUCAAGGCGAAACAGCUGUCAGGCGUCAUUGUCCCGCCGUGUCCUGCAGCUCCUCUUGGCUAGUUUCCCAGAGGUUGUGGUCCCUACUCCAGAAGGUGAGGAGGAGGAGGAGGAGGAGGAGGAGGAAGAGGAGGCGUUGACUCUCGGCGCUCUGCUUCACAGCAGCCACCUCCCUGAGAGUGAGGAGGAGGAGAAGAUGCCAGAACUCAGCGGUGCUCAGUGGCUACAGCGGGGCCUGUGGUGGCCACGCCAAGAUGUCCACAGUGCAGUCGGCCUCCAGUUUCAGUGGGGUGGUUCCCACACAAACCGGACCCUGCUCAGGUGCCUCGGCGUGGACACAAGGAACAUUGUCUUCAUGGGCAUGAAGAAGCAGCCAGUGGCUGUGCCAGCUUUCGCAUCCGGCCUGGGAAUGCUUGAGCCCACCAAAGACGCCGUGCCAGCUCUCUGUUCAACAGGAUACCCAGCGCGAGAACCUCCAGGGCCCCAGGACAUACCACACCCCUCAACAGGCUCAGUGCAGGAGCUGGACUGGAGCAGCCGUGGCCUUAGCAGCUCUCAGGACGGUACGUCCCCUCGCCGAGCCCCUCACUUCUGGGGCCGGAAGUAGACUACCAGCCAUCACUUAAUUACACGGCUUCUUUCAAAUAAGGGGGCUUGUCUGCUUCUUUUGAUUUGCACUGUUUCCCCUCCACUCAGGUCAGCUGUGGUGGGUGAGCACGACAUUUUGUGAAAAUCAUGAAUCACACAGUUGCAAAAUCAUGUUGGUGUCAUGAUUUUGUGCACACAGGAAAACCUUCAAACGUGAAAUUGAACUUUUGAGCCAAACAGAAAAAUUUGUCCCAAUUGCUCCUAAACAGUUACAGGGGAAACACUGUACUGGCUUCCCUUUUCUCCCUCCUUCACUGACUCUAGUGUCUCAUCUUUACCUGCUGCCACCUCCUCAUUCAUUUAUCUCAGUAUUUAUCAGUCUCAGUUGAGAUGGGGAAGUGGUGAACACCUGAUGUGGGUGACGGCAACUCCAUUUAACGGACAAUUUUUUUUUUUUUUUAGUGGCGAGCAGUGUCAAAGUUGAAAUGCUAACUCUUACCCAGUGUUAAUACAGCGGUGUACCUUUCGUUCAGUGCGUGGCGAUGUAGCUUAUGAAUCAUCUGACAGUAUCAUCUAAUCUUUUGGCUUCUUUUUUUUCUUUCUUUUUUCUUUUUUGAUUGAAACUGUUAUUUGCUUGUAAAGGGUGUUGUUGUGCCCUCUGCUGUGUUUGAAGAAAAUCAAAGAUAUUACUGUAAGAAGUGAACACCACAGGUGUUGAGUAUCAUUCUUUGCUCAGGAAAUUUUUACUUAUUUAAUUCAGUGAGAUUCAGACGGAAGUGUUUUGUUUUUUUCUAUUUUAUCCCUAAAUAGAUCUAACCAAUAUGAUUAAAAAAAACAAGGAAAAAAUACCAGCAAAAAAAGGAGGAAUUAGCAUGUUGUCGGUGUCCUUACAACUUUUUGCAGCAAAAUUAUAAAAACUCAUAUGUUGUAUGCUUAUUUUUUAAAGUUAAAGAGUUAAAUCUAAACAUGUAUUGGCUUAACCACCAAAAACGGAGAUUUCAAAAAAAAAAGUCACAGACAGCGCUGUCUGUGCUGCAGCAUGAGUUUGAGGCGGGUAACUUGAAAAUUUGCUAAAUAUAAUAAAUAGAUAUAUAAUAACUUUGUAUCACAGCCAGUUACUCGUAAAGAUUAGGAUUCAAAGAUUCAGAUGUUUGUCACAUAGUGUGAAGAAACAAGGUCAUUCACAUCAACAACACAAGCAAGAAAAAGGUUCAAUAUCAAGUAUUAAUAUAGUGUUGCAGUAAUAAAGUAUUCACAGCAGAGGGCAGCCACAAGGUCAAAUAUUUACCAUAAUAACAAACUGAAUGAAUUAAAUAUUAAGUAAAACUGAUAUUUCAGGCAAAAAAAUACUAAUUACUCCUUAUAUUUUAUUUUUAUUUGUUUGUAGUCUGGUAUAUUUAUUUUUUCAUUUCAUUAUGUUUGGUUAUAAAAAAAGGAAUAUAUAUAUAUAUAUAUAUAUACCUUUGAAGUUUGAUUUAUUUUUUAUUGCUAUUAGGUUUAACAUGUGCAGGGGACUACUGUCAUAAUAGAAAGGAGUGAUGUAUCCUAGACAUUAUAUAACAAGUAAACAAGAUUAAAAAAAUUGUGAAGCGGCAAAAUGAAGUUGAGGUUAAUGCUGCUUUCAGUUUUUUUCUUUUUUUACUCGGUGCACUGAAGCAUGCACUCUAUCAGCAUGCCGAGUACAAUGAAGUGUUUGAUUCCAAAGAACUUGAUAUUGUGGAAAAAUUAUCGACUCCUGAAUUCCACUUUUUCAGUAUUUCAUUACCAAUCAAGAGUCUUUCUACAACAGUUCUGAAGCUGCAACUUCAGCAUUUCAUAAUGAGUUGUGCCUUUAUGCCAGCAAUUAUUUUCUAAAAAGAAACAAACAACAACAAAAAGUUUUGUUUUCCAAAUGGUGAAAUUCUUUUUGGACUGUAACUUGUGUUAUUUAUUUAUUUAAUCAGAUUUACUGCUCAAAAUCCAGAUUUAUUGCACUGCAAUAAGUGGGAAAUAUACAUGUAAAUACUGAAAUAAAUCAGUUGAUCCUU